CACCUCCUUCAUCUUAUUUUUCAUCAAAAAUUAAUGGAUACAAAAAAGACCCAAAAACCCUCAAUUGCAAUUAGGGUUCUAAAGGCACCAGUAAAAGUUGUGUACAAGAUCCGAGACUUGUACAUCUCUGGCAUGUACUCAUGUGCAUCCGGCAUGAGCGGCUCGACGGGCCCUUACACGUCGGCCCUGCCGAAAAGCUACAGCACGACUUCGUCAAGAGCCAGCGAGGAUUACGCCGAGCUGGUGAGGAUUGCUUCCACCAAAAGUUUGGGUAAUAAGUUGGAUCAUAUUCCUGAUCGUAUUGGCCGGCAACAGACCCAACAGUCAACGACUACGCAAGUGCCACGUAGUCAAAGCGUGGCGAUCGGUCGGAUCGAUGAAGAGGGGAGUUUUCAUUACACGGAUGAUUUUAGAUUAAGUAGUGAUCCGAUGUUUCUUAGGAGCAAAAGUCAUGCAGUUUCAAGAGUACAUGCAUGAGAAUAUGUAGGUUUAAUUUUAUUUUUCUUUUGUCUAAUUGCUGAUUUUAAUUUGAAUUUUAAUGAACCCUUGUUGUGUUUUUAAUUUCAUUGUAUAUAUCAAAGAUAAUUGAUUGUAAUCGGUUUUUGAUUCAAUACAUAACAAAAAUCGGUUUUUUCUA